CAUCACGCGCGAGUCCAAUUUGAACCGCUGUUUGAAUCGGUUUCUAAUGUUUUUAAAAAUCAAUUUAAAAUUAUUAAACCAACAACAACAAGGAAAAACGAAAUGAAAAGUUUAUCCAUCAAUUCAAAUCAACAACAACAACGACCAAAAACAUGUUCAAACAAUGUUGAUGGUAAUCAUAAUAAUAAAGAACAAUUGAUACGUAUAAUUCGUUUGGAAAGAGAUAAAUUAAUUCAACGAUUACAAUAUGAAUCGGCUAUAUUUCUUUCGGAUAAAAUUAUAGCCAUUAAUGGAAUGAAUAUAAAUGAUGGUUUUAUAAUGAUACAUUGUAUCUAUUUAUCAAAACAAUAUCAACGUGCAGCACAUCUUUUACAACAAAAUCGUUUACAUGAAAUGGAUGUUAAAUGUUGUUGUUUACUAGUCAAAUGUUUGAUGAAAAUUAAAAAAUAUAAAAAAGCCUUAACAAUUAUUGAUUCAUGUUUGAAAACAAGAUUCGAUGAUUCAAAAUGGCGUAUACCAUUAUUUGUAUUACGUAGUGAAGCAUAUGAAUCAUUGGAUAAUCGUAUCGAUGCACGUCAAUCAUUAAUACAGGCAUUGGAACAGAAUUUUCUUUGCUAUGAAGCAUUCUAUCGUAUUACACAUCAUCAUAUGGCAACAAAAAUUGAAGAAUUAGAUAUUCUUUAUAAAUUAAUUAUAAAAAGUCGUUCAGAACGUUCAAAAUUAAUACGAAGUUUUAUGACGGAUUUUAUGAUAUUUUUUUAUUAUAUUCAAUUGAAAAAAUAUGAUAAACCAGAUCGUUUAAUCAUACGUAAACCAUUUCAAUUGUUUGCCGAAAAUGUUGAUUUUUUAAUCGCACAAGCCGAAAGACAUUUCUAUAAUUUUGACCUAAUACAAACAUUAGAAAUUACAUCCAAGUUAAUCGAAAAAGAUCCACAUAAUUUUGAAUGUCUUGAGAUACAUAUCUCAUGUUUGCUCAGCCUUGAAAGAUCUAUUGAAUUAUUUAAAUUGUCACAAAAUUUGAUCGAUCUAUAUCCGGAACAUGAAAUAUCCUGGUAUUCAUUAGGCUGUUAUUAUCAUCUGAUCAAAAAGAAAGAAGUAUCACGACGUUAUCUACAGAAAGCAGUUACAUUGAAUAAUGUAUUUGCACCAGCUUGGUUACUAUAUGGCCAUUCAUUUUCCGAUGAUGGUGAACAUGAUCAAGUGAUGGCAACAUAUUUUAAAGCAUCACAUUUAAUGCCCGGUUGUCAUUUACCAUUACUUUAUAUUGGUGUUGAAUAUGCACGUACUGAAAAUCAUAAACUUGGUGAAAAAUUUAUCUUUACUGCAUUAACAAUUGCACCCGAAGAUCCAUUAGUAUUACAUGAACUUUCUGUUACAGCAUUUCAUUCGGAUGAAUUAUUAAAAGCUGAUCGUUAUCUUCGACAAGCUUUACGUGUAUUAAAAUAUAUUGAAAACAAAGAUGAUAUUCGUAUACAAUAUGAACCAUUAUUUAGUAAUAUGGGUCAUAUACAAAGAAAAUUAGGACGUUAUAAUGAUGCGAUUGAAUUUUUUAAAAAAUCCCUAUCACUUUCACCAAAUAAUCCAUCAACAUAUUCAUCGAUCGGUUUAGUUUAUUGUAUGUUGGAUAAAUAUUCUGAAGCAGUCGAUUAUCUGGAUCAUGCAUAUGGAUUAAAUCGAUUAUUCAAACGUGAUGAUGUAACCAAAGAUCUACUUGAUGAUGCACUUAAAUUUUAUCCGGAUAGUUUACAAUUACCACCACCAGCAGCAUCUAGCCAUUCAGAUUUACCUGAUUUAAAUCAAAAAUUAUCUACAUGGUCUGAUUGUGAUAAUCGAAUAGAUUUUGCACGUAAUCUUGCUAAAUCGUCAACAUCAUCAUCGAUGGCUAAUGAAAAUCUUAAACAACAGAAUAAUAAUGAAAAUAAUGAUGAUAGUAUAUUGAUGAUACGAUAAUAAUAAAAUUUUUUCGAAUUUUCAAAAAAAAACGUCUUUUAUGUACGGCUUGUGUAUAUCAUCAUGAUGAUAUUGACACUCCCCGUGAUCGUUUAUUUUCUUCAGUAAACAUGUU